AUGAGCGCCUGCCCAGAGUCCAGACUAUCAGACCGUGAAUCUUCACCGUACGUUGGCGCUCUUAUGGAAGAAAUCUUCCAGUGGAACACGCCAGCACCGGCUGUAACUCCAGCGAUUUUAGUACCCGACGUUUACCGUGAUUUUCAUAUUCCCGCUGGCACUGUCGUUGUUGCAAAUCUUUGGGCUGUUACACGAAACGAACGCUGGUUCUCUGAUCGCGAAACGUAUAAUCUUGAGCAAUACUUGAGUCGGGACAGGGAGUCUCAAAUUCCCGAACUGACGAGCCUGAGUUUUGGUUUUGGUCGCAGAGUUUGCCCUGGAUCUUACCUUGCAGUCGAUACUGUGUGGAUAGCUGUUGCAAUGACUUUGGCCACUUGCACCGUUUCCCCUGAACUUGACGCUGAAGGAAGGGCCGUUUUUCCCGAGGACGUCAAUUGA